GCCAGAAGCUGCCCUGCUCUGAGGGACCUUGCACGGUCCAGGUGAUUCCAGCUGUGUCACCCAGCGACCGCUGCCUCCAGCCCCACAGGUCGCUAUCAUGUCAGCUUCGGGAGAUGAGACCAGGGGUCACCCCAAAUCCAAAGGCAAGAGCCUGAGCAGUUUCUUUGGGUCCCUGCCUGGCUUCAGCUCUGCCCGGAACCUGGUGUCCCAAACUCACAGCUCCCCAAAGAACACAGGACCGGCACCAGACCCCACGGGGACUUCCGUUCCCCCAUCUCCAGGGGCCACCGACCUGCAGCAGAUGGCAAGGGGUGCGGCGGGGCUGCUCCAGCCUUCUGAACAGGUGAGCCAGGUUGGAAGUCCCUGGACAGGAAGGUCUGGAAGGUUCUAGUUCCUUUCAAUGGCUGGAGAAAAGGACGUGGGAAGCUUCGGUGUGACCGGCGGUGGCAAAGAUGCCUUCUCCUCUGGGGUGGCUGGCAUCAUGGACACUGCAAAAGGAAUGGUCCAGGGUGGCCUGGGCGUCACCCAGUCGGCCCUUGUGGGCACUAAGGAGGCAGUGUCUGGAGGCGUCAUGGGAGCAGUAGGUAUGGCCAAAGGUCUUGUCCAGGGAGGCCUGGACACCACCAAGUCUGUUGUCAUGGGCACCAAGGACACCAUGACCACAGGACUCACAGGGGCCAUGAAUGUGGCCAAAGGGACAGUGCAGACGGGCCUGGACACCAGCAAGAGUGUGCUGAUGGGCACCAAGGAUACAGUGACCACAGGACUCACAGGAGCCGUGAAUGUAGCCAAGGGGACAGUGCAGACAGGCCUGGAUACCUCCAAGUCAGUGGUCAUGGGCACCAAGGACACAGUGGCCACAGGACUCACAGGGGCCAUGAAUGUGGCCAAAGGGACAGUGCAGACGGGCCUGGAUACCAGCAAGAGUGUGCUGAUGGGCACCAAGGACACCGUGACCACAGGACUCACAGGGGCCAUGAAUGUGGCCAAGGGGACAGUGCAGACGGGCCUGGAUACCACCAAGUCUGUGGUCAUGGGCACCAAGGACACAGUGGCCACAGGACUCACAGGGGCCAUGAAUGUGGCCAAAGGGACAGUGCAGACAGGCCUGGACACCAGCAAGAGUGUGCUGAUGGGCACCAAGGACACAGUGACCACAGGGCUCACAGGGGCCGUGAAUGUGGCCAAAGUGGCUGCCCAGGGAGGCCUGGACACCACCAAGUCUGUGGUCAUGGGCACCAAGGACACAGUGGCCACAGGACUCACAGGGGCCAUGAAUGUGGCCAAGGGGACAGUGCAGAUGGGCCUGGACACCAGCAAGAGUGUGCUGAUGGGCACCAAGGAUACAGUGACCACAGGACUCACAGGGGCCGUGAAUGUGGCCAAGGGGACAGUGCAGACGAGCCUGGACACCAGCAAGAGUGUGCUGAUGGGCACCAAGGACACUGUUUGUGCUGGGGUCACAGGUGCCGUUAACAUGGCAAAAGGAGCUGCCCAGGGAGGCCUGGACACCACCAAGUCUGUGGUCAUGGGCACCAAGGACACAGUGACCACAGGACUCACAGGGGCCGUGAAUGUGGCCAAAGGGACAGUGCAGACGAGCCUGGACACCAGCAAGAGUGUGCUGAUGGGCACCAAGGACACAGUGGCCACAGGACUCACAGGGGCCAUGAAUGUGGCCAAAGGGACAGUGCAGACAGGCCUGGAUACCACCAAGUCAGUGGUCAUGGGCACCAAGGACACAGUGGCCACAGGACUCACAGGGGCCGUGAAUGUGGCCAAAGGGACAGUGCAGAUGGGCCUGGACACCAGCAAGAGUGUGCUGAUGGGCACCAAGGACACAGUGACCACAGGACUCACAGGGGCCAUGAAUGUGGCCAAGGGGACAGUGCAGACAGGCCUGGAUACCUCCAAGUCAGUGGUCAUGGGCACCAAGGACACAGUGACCACAGGACUCACAGGGGCCGUGAAUGUGGCCAAGGGGACAGUGCAGACGAGCCUGGACACCAGCAAGAGUGUGCUGAUGGGCACCAAGGACACUGUUUGUGCUGGGGUCACAGGUGCCGUUAACAUGGCAAAAGGAGCUGCCCAGGGAGGCCUGGACACCACCAAGUCUGUGGUCAUGGGCACCAAGGACACAGUGGCCACAGGACUCACAGGGGCCAUGAAUGUGGCCAAGGGGACAGUGCAGAUGGGCCUGGACACCAGCAAGAGUGUGCUGAUGGGCACCAAGGAUACAGUGACCACAGGACUCACAGGGGCCGUGAAUGUGGCCAAGGGGACAGUGCAGACGAGCCUGGACACCAGCAAGAGUAUGCUGAUGGGCACCAAGGACACUGUUUGUGCUGGGGUCACAGGUGCCGUUAACAUGGCAAAAGGAGCUGCCCAGGGAGGCCUGGACACCACCAAGUCUGUGGUCAUGGGCACCAAGGACACAGUGACCACAGGACUCACAGGGGCCGUGAAUGUGGCCAAAGGGACAGUGCAGACGAGCCUGGACACCAGCAAGAGUGUGCUGAUGGGCACCAAGGACACAGUGGCCACAGGACUCACAGGGGCCAUGAAUGUGGCCAAAGGGACAGUGCAGACGGGCCUGGAUACCACCAAGUCAGUGGUCAUGGGCACCAAGGACACAGUGACCACAGGACUCACAGGGGCCGUGAAUGUGGCCAAAGUGGCUGCCCAGGGAGGCCUGGACACCACCAAGUCUGUGGUCAUGGGCACCAAGGACACAGUGACCACAGGACUCACGGGGGCCAUGAAUGUGGCCAAAGGGACAGUGCAGACAGGCCUGGACACCAGCAAGAGUGUGCUGAUGGGCACCAAGGACACCGUGACCACAGGACUCACAGGGGCCGUGAAUGUGGCCAAAGUGGCUGCCCAGGGAGGCCUGGACACCACCAAGUCUGUGGUCAUGGGCACCAAGGACACAGUGGCCACAGGACUCACAGGGGCCAUGAAUGUGGCCAAAGGGACAGUGCAGACGGGCCUGGACACCAGCAAGAGUGUGCUGAUGGGCACCAAGGAUACAGUGGCCACAGGACUCACAGGGGCCGUGAAUGUGGCCAAAGUGGCUGUCCAGGGAGGCCUGGACACCACCAAGUCUGUGGUCAUGGGCACCAAGGACACAGUGGCCACAGGACUCACAGGGGCCAUGAAUGUGGCCAAAGGGACAGUGCAGACAGGCCUGGACACCAGCAAGAGUGUGCUGAUGGGCACCAAGGAUACAGUGACCACAGGACUCACAGGGGCCAUGAAUGUGGCCAAGGGGACAGUGCAGACGGGCCUGGAUACCACCAAGUCUGUGGUCAUAGGCACCAAGGACACAGUGGCCACAGGACUCACAGGGGCCGUGAAUGUGGCCAAAGGGACAGUGCAGAUGGGCCUGGACACCAGCAAAAGUGUGCUGAUGGGCACCAAGGACACCGUGACCACAGGACUCACAGGGGCCGUGAAUGUGGCCAAAGUGGCUGCCCAGGGAGGCCUGGACACCACCAAGUCUGUGGUCAUGGGCACCAAGGACACAGUGACCACAGGACUCACAGGGGCCGUGAAUGUGGCCAAAGGGACAGUGCAGAUGGGCCUGGACACCAGCAAGAGUGUGCUGAUGGGCACCAAGGACACCGUGACCACAGGACUCACAGGGGCCGUGAAUGUGGCCAAAGUGGCUGCCCAGGGAGGCCUGGACACCACCAAGUCUGUGGUCAUGGGCACCAAGGACACAGUGACCACAGGACUCACAGGGGCCGUGAAUGUGGCCAAAGGGACAGUGCAGACGGGCCUGGACACCAGCAAGAGUGUGCUGAUGGGCACCAAGGACACUGUUUGUGCUGGGGUCACAGGUGCCAUUAACAUGGCAAAAGGAGCUGCCCAGGGAGGCCUGGACACCACCAAGUCUGUGGUCAUGGGCACCAAGGACACCAUGACCACAGGACUCACAGGGGCCGUGAAUGUGGCCAAAGUGGCUGCCCAGGGAGGCCUGGACACCACCAAGUCUGUGGUCAUGGGCACCAAGGACACAGUGACCACAGGACUCACGGGGGCUGUGAACGUGGCCAAAGGGACAGUGCAGAUGGGCCUGGACACCAGCAAGAGCGUGCUUACAGGUACGAAGGAUACCGUCUGUGCUGGGAUCACUGGGACCAUGAACAUGGCUAAAGGCGUCAUUCAGAAGGGCCUGGACACAACCAAAGACACACAGUCUGCCAUGCUGUCUCCGGCAGAUAACGUGGCCAUCAAUGCCACCCACACAGGUGUCCACACAGUCCCGAGUUCACUCUCCAGCUCUCAUGCUACCAUGUGUUAUGAGCCUGGUAGUUACAGAGCCACCAACCAAGGAGUCAAACAUGCUACUCUGACUUCUGCAGAGUCCCUGUGCUCUGAGAUCAGCAGCCUUGCAGACACAUGUGGCUUGGGGCUUGUCACGGAACCCACAGCUGCCACCAAAGAUCCUGUGUCUGGUGUAGCUUCGUCUGCCCACACAGUUACCAAGUCUGAGGAUGAGUGUGGUCAGCUGGCUGCUAUAAGCUUUGCUGCACUUCAUGAUGAGUUGGAGGGACUAGGGGACAUCUUCCAGCCCAUGACAGCUGAGGAACAAGCCCAGCUGGCAGCCUUGGAGUCAGGGCCCCGGGUGCUAUCUGCUGACCGGGGAAGCUACUUUGUCCGCCUGGGUGACCUGACACCCAGCUUCCGCCCGCGGGCUUUUGAACAUGCCCUGAGCCACAUACAGCACAACCAGUUCCAAGCCAGGGCUGCACUGGCCCAGCUCCAGGAGGUCUUACAGGUGACAGACAUGGCCAUGGAAGCUCCAGGUGGGCAGCUGUGCUGGGACCAGAGCUUGAGCUCCACGGUGGAGGCUGCUGGUACCAAUAAGGUUCGUGCUUCCGUGGCUCAGGACAGGCUGUGCACGAUAGCCCGUCAGCUCCAUGCAGCUUACAGCGGCCUGGCAGCCAGCCUGCAGGGUCUGCCAGAGGUGCAGCAGCAGGCAGGGCUGGCACGGCACAGCCUCUGCAAGCUGUAUGGCCUUGUGUCCUCUUCGAGUGGCGGUAAGCUGCAGGCAGAGCAGCUGGCCCAGAGCAGUGCCGGCGUGGUCCAGACAUGGCAGGGUCUGGAGGUGCUGCUGGACAGGCUGCAGCAGAGCCCCCCACUUGGCUGGCUAGUGGGACCGUUUGCUUUGACCCCUGGUGGCCAGCUGUAGGCAUCUGAGGGCUGCACUUCCCCAAAGCUCUGGAUUAAGUGGGAGCAGAGGGUCCUCGGAAAGUGAAUUUGAAACCAGCUAUGGCUCCUGCUCUUUCCAAGAACUGAUGGCCCCUCUUCCAGACUAGUCACCAAGUCUGUUCAGAGAGCGUCCACACAGGUCCCAACGACAGAGCAAAGCAGAUGCACAGCCAAACCUAGAAGGUCUUCUAGCCAUACCCACUGGCAAGCCUUCCAUCCUUGGGGUUCUGACCCUACCUACCUUCAGGGCCCCAUGGCUCUCCACUAUGGAUGGCGUCACUCCAUCCCAAGCCCCACACUGGGGCAUCCAGAGCUCUUAGCUGACAUACUAGGCAACUUGUUCCCUGGCACUAAAAUGUCCUAGAAUGCACAGCCACCCUAAGCUAAGCUCCCACAGCCUCUUCGGAUAGCUAGUGGGGGGCAGAACCACUCAAAGCCACACACUUAUACCCCAGGAUGCUGUAGGCCUCAGACCUGCUCUGUUGGGAAAAGGAGGAUCACAAACAUAUUACUGAAUGGAGACAGGGCUGACUUGACAGGGCCAGCACUGCUCUGAGCAACUGUGGUCUGAUACGGACGUGGCCUGCCCAAGGACGUGGCCUGCCAAAGCAUGUGGCCUGCUCAGAGUUGAAGGCUGUACUGACAGGAGACACAGGCAGGUGAUGGCCCCUCUCCCUCACCCUAUGCACUCAAGUCAGAAGCAUAGAAAGUGAUGGGGCCCAAGGCACUCCCUUGUGGCCACAUCAUCCAAGGCCACAGCACAGCCCUCCUUGAACCUCUGCAGUGCUAGCAACCCCCAACCUUUCAGCUCCCUUUAAUCUGCACCCUUGGAAAGUAACAAUGUCCUUGAGUUCCAAGGCUGGGCCAGCUGUGACAUAGGAAUGCCAUGAUGGAGAUGGCAAGGAGCCUUCCUGAGCCCUUCUGCUGUCAGCAGAACACUGACUCAGCCAUUGACAAAUACUGAUGGCCUGCAGCUAAGUCCUCCAGGAGAUGAGCCUCAUUACAUCAUGUCCAGUUCUUGGUGGCCACAGAGGCAGGGGGAUACACUGGGAGGCAUGUACCCAAACUGAGCCCACAGGGAACACAGCAGAGUGGAAAAGCCACUGCUCAAAGCCACACAGCGAGAGCAGGCUGGGACAGUGUGGACUAUAACACUCCAGCCCAAAUGCUGAGCUGCCCCAGAACAACUAUGCUGGUCUCAACUGGUGGUCCCUGCAUAGAUGGGGAUGGGACGGUGGCUGAGUCUCUCCUGUUGGCCUGUCCUUAGUGUCUGCUCCACUUAUGCUGGUGGAACAGGCCACUCACUGCAGGAAGAGCUCUGCUGACCUGUAAAUGUGAACCCUGCCC